CGCAGCAGGUGUCCAGAUGACAUGUACUUUGAUAACGCUAGCAGAACUGCUUAUGGAUUAGCGAGGGUCGAUUUGGUUUGCCGUAAAAAAGGACGAAUCUGGAAACGAUCUGUUCAGGAAAAGAAGAAGGAGCACCGUGCAUUCACAGUUACUAUCUAUGGAAGCCGAGGAGGCCCUUACACUAUCACAAUCGGUGUGCUGCUGUAUGCCGUGUUUGGAUUGUGUUUUUUGGUAACUAAUUUGGCAUACGUGUCCGGAAUAUACACAGUCCAUAAUGCUACUCUCGUUCCGGAAGUAAGCUGA